UAAAGGAGUUCGAGAACACAUUUCUAAAAUGAGGGACAUCACUGCUCAUUUGAAGAAACUCGACAUUAUCAUUCCUGAUACCUUCCUGGUUCAUUACAUCCUUCACAAUCUUCCUCCACAGUAUGGGCCUUUCAAAAUUUCCUACAACACACAUAAAGGAAAAUGGACUAUCAAUGAAUUGAUGACCAUGUGUGUUCAAGAGGAAGCCAGGCUCCUACAGGAGCAAGGAGAAAGUGUUCACCUGACCACUCAACCUAAGAAACGCAAGCCAUUCAAGAAGAACAAAGGGAAAAAGCCCAUGGCUCCCAAGGCUGCCAUAAAGAAAGAUUCCAUCAAAUGUUUCUUUUGUAAACAAAAGGGACAUGCUAAAAGGGAGUGCAGCCAGUUCAAGAAAUGGAUGGAUGACAAAGGAUAUUCAAAAUCUAAGGAAGCCAGUGGCAAGUGAGCAAAGCAUCUUAUCUGGAAACAAGAUGGGCUCACAUGUGGAAGCUAUUGGA